UUUCAAUAAAUUUUUAUUUAUUGUUACUUUUGUGAGUUUCAAGUGAUUUCAGUGAGAAUUGUGGGUUUUUCCUUCUUUAACUGAGGGGUACCAACAAUUUUGUCCACGUGUGUAUAUACUGCUACCUAUAGCAUAGAUGCUUAUAUACCACUGACAUGUUCACUGUUGGUUUGUGUACAUGGGAAAUAUUAUUUAAACCCCAUAGUUCCAAAUCAUGAAAGCUGUGUGCUUUUCCUCUAAUAACUUACACAUUAAGGGCAGUGUAUAUGUUGUAUUUGAAAUUUCAACAACUUAGUUUUAUUACACUUAUGUUAUUCAUCUUAUUCAAAUGGCAAUUUACUUGUUUUUCUGAUCUCUUUCAGUGUCUCUGAGGUCUUAUCUUGCUUUAUCAAUUAUUAAUAAGAUGUCAAAAUAACCAAUCUGUGUGAGAAACCUGAUGCAAGAGUCAGAGAUAUGUCUACAUCACAACUACCGACUCAAAACUAACCCUAAAAUCUAGUGUACUUUACUUGAGUAUUCUCACCUUUGUACUACUUCAUAUUUUUGAUCUGAUAAAUUGUGUAAAAAAAACAAAAAAACAAAAAAACAAAAAAAAAACAACUGGAAUGGAAUUUUAUACGUUCAGAUUUGAUCCAUAAGUAGAAAUUCACAAGCUACCCAACAAAUGUAGUAGCGAUAUCGGAUUUACCAGCUGCUAUGUUAAUUUGACAAACAUAUAAUGCAUCAAUAACUAUAAUCCAUUAAUGUAACUUAUAGAGACUUGAAAGCUGCUUGUCCACAUUCAGAGUGAUCUCCAGACAGAAGCUGGCAGUACCGACGGUACUUAAUCUAACACUGACGUGGGAGAUUCUCAGCUGUUUACUGCGUUGAAUCGAUACUCUGGACAAUUUGCAUUUUGCUGCUUGAAAUAAAAGUAUGCUUUGAGGAAGUCUUUUUGUCAAAACAUUAUGCAGGGUUCUUCCUGCAUGACAAAAUUUUUGGCUCUCUCUCAAUGAGGUUCUAGUAAGUGCCAAUAAAUAAGGACUGAAUAAUAAAAUACAAAUUAAUUAAAUUAAAAUUUUAAAUUCUUCACCGCCAACAACAUGCUAGCUGUUAAAAUUUUAGGAUUCAAAAUGAACAAAUCUUUACUGUACAUGUACUUUCAUGUACAGUCAGUCGGUGGAGAGGGAUACGUCUGUUUAGUGUUGUGUCUAUAAAAUGUGAGAAAAUUGCAAAAAUAAAUAAAUAAAAAUGAAAUAGCUGUACUUUUUUUGUUUUUCUUUUUAGUUCAACCAAAAGUUCAGAAUCCAAACAUGUUUUGAUUAUUCAGAUAAUAAUGGCAAAAAAAAAAAAGACAGCAAUACUUCACAUUUAAGGAUUCGGAGUGAACAAAUAUCUGGAGUUUUUGAUUUGAAGAAAACACCAAAGAAAGUUUCUCAAACUACUAGCCGUACAGAGAACUUUCUCUCAGAUUGAUCACAUUUAUUUAAGGUUCAGAGUUUUAUGUUGUGAGCAUUUCUUCAUCACAAUGUUACUACAACAUUGCUGACACUGGUGCAUCACUGACAGAGAUGAUCUGGUUCAGUUUAACGCAGGAAUCCAUCAUGUCAGUGUUGCAACAGUCAGUGAAAUACAGUCUGUGGCAGAGCAGCGAGGCUCUCAUGAUUUAUCUGUGCUCAACUCUUUAACUCUGUGCAGAACUUCAUGCACAGAUCUGCAGAUUUAAAUAAGUUCUUUUUGGCUGCAGACUGUGUUGACUGUAGCGCCCCCAUGAGGCUGGAACGCCUCACUAUCACAUGGAAGUCUUGCAUCAGACCAAUACUGAGACAGUAUGACUAACAACGCCCCCUGCUGGCAGAUCACAGUCUCUACACCUAUAAUCUCCAAAAGCGCAACAGAACAUAAGUUCAUUAAAUACUAACUUUGCAAAAUAUUUUUUUUCAGUAAUAUGCCUUGAUAACAAUACAGCUAAAAGUAUUUUCUACUUAUUUGUAAAGAUUUUGAACAACAAACACCAAGUGUCUGGGUAUAUAAAUAUAUAAAACACUCUCAUCAAACACCAAAAGCCAACAGUUAGAUUUUACCCAAGAUUUACCCAGGCUUCAACAAAGAAACACGGGUCAAAGUCUUUUCAAAACAGUUGCUAAAAUGUGUUAAAUCUUUCAACAGUUACUAUCUAUUGUUCAAUAUCACAGGAAAAUCAUCAUCUUUUGGAUUUAAACUUUCAACCAAACAGAACUGGAUAUUUGAAAAUGUCACCUCAGACACAAGGAAAAUAUUGAACUACAACAGCAUUGCUGCAUUGAUAUAGCCUUGUCAAGCAGUUUUGUGAAACAAAAGAUCAGCCAAUCAGCAGAUGAAUCUAUUUAUAUUUCAAUUAGCUGCUACAGCUAUAAAAUAAACUAAAAAGCCUACAACUGUAACUAAUCAGUAAACAAAAUAUGAACCAAUAACCAUUUUGAUAAUAUAGUAAUUGUAGGUAGGCCCGAAUAAUAGAAUGCCAUCAACACACAGUGGUGAUAGACACGUCAUGAAUAGCAACAACAAAAGUAUUUGAUAGUUUCACUUAAAUGCAUCAGAUGCAAACUUGACACAUGAAAGCACAUAAGACAAACACAGUUUGUGUAAAAAGUCAGAGACUUCAGGUAUCAGAAGACGGUUUUCAACUCUCUGCUUCAACUUUAAACUAAAUUUCCUUCACUAAGCCAGCCCUCUGGACUUCCAGUAAGCUGUGUUCCUAUUGGCUGUCCAGGUGGCUGCUUGGUGUAAUCAGGAACACCUGAGCUGCUCAGUGUCUUCCUGCUUUAUGUCUCCAGUCAAACAUUUCCUCUGCUUCUCUUCACCACUGAACCGGGCUUGGCUCUGUUGCUUUAGUUUGUUUUUUAGGCGUUGGCUUGCAGCUUCCAGCAGUAAAAUCCUCUUUAAUGUGUUUCUUGGUGUGUUUUAGGGCUUUGUACUGGAUAGUUGUCUUGGUAAAUGUGGUUUGUUAGCCACAGUUAGCACAUGGUGCUAAUGUGUGCAGUGAUUAGAGGAUUUGGUGCAGCUGAGUUGUGUCUUUAUUUUGGCUGUAGUGAGUCUUUAGAGGUUUUUGAUCAGACACAUUCUGUAUUCUUGUUUGUGAACCAACGUUGGUUGUCCAGAAGGUAAGAGUUCCUGUCCUGAUUCUCUGUUAAAAUAGGUUCUCUGGUAGGCUGCAGGAGACUUUAGUGUUUGGGUUGUGCUAGUUUGGUUUUUGUACGGUUUCAUUUGGACGACUAUCUUGAGGCCCCUCCAUGUGGUUUAGUGAGGUUUUCUGUAACAGUUCUCCAAAGCAACCUGCAGCAGAAGAGACUUUGAGAGUUUUUAGGAAGUUCUGGAGACCAGACUUCAGAGCAGCAGAAACAUUUGUCAGCAGUUUGAGCAGGAGAAGGUGAGCUUCAGAGUAGAAAUGAGAAGGAAACCUUCUUGACCCGUGUGGUGAGGUCCUGUACCAAGAGUUUGAGUAGGUUGUGAGGAGUCUAUAGUUCUUUGGCCUGAAAGCACCAGAAGAGUCAACUAAUUAAAGAAAACAGGAGAUAUUGUUGGUUCUUCUGUCGCUCUGCAGUUUCCUUAGACUGAAUAUCAAGUUUCUAUUUUAAAUGAUUUACUGUGUGAGCCCAAGAAGACUUCAAUAAACUCCCUCCAUCCCCUCAACAUAACAUAUUUUAUUACCAUGUUAAAAAAAAUUUUUUAAAUGUUUUUGAGUUGUAAUCAUAGCUUGUGUAGUUUUGUCAUCUGUGUGAAAGGUGCUAAACAAAUAAAGUUGAAUUUAACUGACUAACUCAUGAUUGUGACAAAGGAAGUACUUUCAUUGUGAUUUAAGGGUUUGUUUUGUUUUUGGGGUUGGGGUUAAAAUCUUGACAGAAAAAAAAGUUCAGAGAAAUGAAUUGCAUUAAAAGCAAUUAAAUCAAAGGAAAAAACAUUUAAUAUUACAUGUUCUCUGUUUUGGCCACCAAAAAGAUUGUCACCAGGUGUAGAGAGCACCAAAAGGUAUGUUUAAUUAAGCUAACACAGGUUCAUAAUUGUCCAAAAACUUUUUUACAAAUAACAGACUGACUAAAAUAUUUCUAUUUUCAUUACAUUACAUUUUCACAGAAUGAGAAUCACAUUGAAGACAAUCUUAUAUUCAUAAUAUGUAUUCUGUCAUUUGGAGGUGUUUCUUCGGGGCUCACAGUCCUGCACAGUGGCCUGAAUGCAACAGAGUGGUGGAGGCCAUCUUCACAAGGCUCUGUGCACUCUAUCCAAACGCAGUUCGCUGCGAAGGAGUGAGACUGUCGCGGUUCACAAUGGUGGCACGCACUUAUAAACAUAUCCGUGAGUGCAUCAUCACCAAUGCAAAGGUGAUGAAUGAGACCACAUUACAGCUUCCAGAAGUGAAUGCUGCGACCAUGCAUGAGAGGGUAUAUUCAAUAGCUGUUUGACCAUUACUGUGUCAUGCAGCUCCAUCAUAGUUGGGAUCAAAUAUCAUAUAAUCAGUCCUUUUGUAUACAAUUGCUGAAGUGAAAGUGUGUUAAUGUUGGUUAUUUUAUGUUGUCCCAGGUUCAGCAGGUGUUCCUGGUCACAGGAGCAAGCAAUUUUAAAACAGGGUGUCAAAGCUCCAGACGCACCCAUGGCAGGACCUGAGAGGCUUCCUGCAGCGAUGCAGAAAAGCUCAGCUCUGUAUCCUGGCAGUUCAGCUCAGCCUCACCUCUUCAUUCUGCCUCCAAACACGGCUGGGGAGGCUAAGCUCAAGGGGAGACUCCAGCCUCAGGCCAUCUCCCAGGCUCCUCCACUACAGCAGGCACUUCUAUGAUUGCACCGGCACCUUCCACCACUCUCCCCUUCAUUGUACCAUUUCUGCAGCAUCCUACAGUGUCUGGACCCUCACAGAUGACUGCACCUGGAACCUCACAGGCGAUUUUCCUACCUCCAGCUUUCCCACCAUCAACUCCAGUUCUUUAUAACACUCAGCAAUAUAGGAAGAGGAAACUGGAAAGGGAGCACACUGGCAUUGUCACAAGAAAAUAUGUCAAGAAGAUGAAUGUGAUCCUUUGUAAAAAGUGCAACAAAGAGAGAAAGCCACCAUCCCACCUGCAGUACUUCCGGAACUGGUACUGCGAGGAGUCUGAGAGCCAGUAUAACAGACGUAUAGCAGCUAAUUUUUAGGAGCUUCAGAUGAAAGUGUCUAGGAAAUUAGCUGAAAAAUACAUGAGAAAUAGGGAGCCCAAAUAAGGAAAGACAGACGCAGUGUUCAUAUACUUUUGGCCAUAUGUUGUACGUCCGUUAGUGUUGUUUUGACUGAAACGCUCUGCUGGUUUCAUUAACAACAGCAGCGGGAUGAGCUCGCUCAGUCAGUUGACAAUGGAGUCUGUGCUGCUCUGGGUGAUCGUCCUCGCUCUCCACGGUUUCCAUCACCAUGUGGCCACUCUGCCGACCUCCACCGUCCAAGUGAGUGUCGGUGAGGAUGCCAUCCUGCAGUGCCCCCUGAUGAACGCCUCCAAUGCCUCCAAAAGCACCACAGCUGCCCCGACUGCCCGCUCCACCCUCAGCUGGUACAGGAAGCCAGCAGGACAGGGGCCACAGCUGCUUCUGACCAUCAGGUCCUCCGAUGGCUCUCAUGUGAGGUACGGCGACGGUGUUGGUCCUGAUAAAGUGUCGGCUACAGCCAACGGCUCACUGCUGCUGCGAGGCUCCCAGCAGAGCGACUCAGCGGUUUACUACUGCGGGAUCAGCCAAGGCGACGAGCACCAGAAGGAACCAACACCACAGAUCCUCCCGGAGAAAUAAUGCCAGACUCUGGGUCUGCUGCUGCUCUGUUAGUCCACACUGAACUGGUGUCAGUUCAGGCUCAUUCUCUCGUAGGUUUAGAUCCUCUGAUUUUUAUUUCCAAUUCUAUUUCAGACUAGGAUAGAAGAGUGACCAUGUAACUGUGACUCUACAAACACCUGUAUAAUAUGACACAGAUCAAUAAAUGUACCUGAAGUUUGUUCAUUUAACAAAUUUUGUUCAAAGUUUAUUGUGACCUGAGUUGAACUGGAAUCAUUAGGUUCUACAACUUUCAGCCUUUUCACUAUUAAUUUGUUCUUUGGCAACUUGUUUUUAGAAUUUAUUCACCAAUCUGAGCUAUUUUCAUUCACACAUUCAGGCAUUAUUUUUAGCUGUUCAAGAAUUUGUUGUUUUAGACAUCAGCUGUUUAUUCAUUACAACUGAAUACAUGACUAAAUCCACUACUUCAAUUAAACUUCUCUUCACACAGCAUGCAGUGUUCAAGUAUUACAGCAAAAUGUGCGUAUAUUUUUAAAAGCAAGUCUUUUUUGUUGUUGUUUUAGUCAAGCUCCAGUAUAAGCUAUUGCAAAAGUUGCCCCUGGGGUAAAUGUACCUCUUCAUGGGUGUCACUAUAGAGUUGAACUUUAAUCGCUGCCAAAGACACCUCUUCUACUCUCUUUGUCAGUUCAUAUAGUGGUUUAAUAAAAAUUUACAUUUUUCUACAUUA